AUGAAUAAAAUAACUGAGAAUAAGAAAUAUGCUAAAGAAAUUGAAAAGAAAACAUUAAUAAAUGGAGAAGAUUUUAUGAUAGAGCUCGAUGUAUUUGAUUAAAAGUAAGAAAGGCAGGUCCCUAAAGAUUCAAUUAGCAAAAUCAACAAAAAGAGUCAGUCCAAAUUACAAGAGAAAAACAAAGAGAUCUUUUUUUUAGACUUACUUAGAGAAGCUGGGAAAUAAUAAUAACAUCAACAUUAAUUUUAAUUUUAAGAAUAAUAACAACAAUGUGAUGAAGAUGUAAAUAAAGAGGAAUAAAAAUAGGAAAAAGAAAAUCAAAUCAAGCCUGAUUAUUGGAAAAGGAAAACGGAUUAUUAGGAUUUAUCCAAUUUAUAAAAGACCUCUAAAGUUAUGAUUAUUUAGGAUGAUUCUGAGGAAAAAUUUACCGAAAAUACAAAUUCUGUGAUUCCUCCUAAAAUAAAUGGAUAACAGAAUUAUACUAUUCAAGUAUCAAAGGAGUAGAAGGAAAAAUAGAAUGAGAAAACUGACUAGGUAUUGAGAAAUUAAAGAUUGCUAGCUCAAUAUUAAAGUGAACUUUAGAAAAUUAAAUAAUAAAAGCAUCCAAAAAUUUAGAUUUAAUAGAAUAUAACUCCUAAAUAGCAUAAAAAAAUGCCGGUGAUGAUAGUGGAUGCUUUUGUGUAGACAGAUGAUACUAGUGACAUACAUGGAUAAGAAAUUCUCAAUUUAAUUUUAUUAGAAUAAAAUACAGUUUAUUAAUUGAACUAACUUCAUGAAAAGAUUUUAAGAUUGCUUAAUAAUUAGAUUUGA